AUGGAUCUGCCACAGCUGUCUUCGACAGCAAGAAAACGAAAGGGGAAUAAUACAACAAAUUCAGUGUCUAAGCCAGAUUCUCCAAUGUCCGAAUCAAACAAACAACCAAAAAAAUUGAGUUGUCAACGAUGUCGUUCACGUAAAGUCAAAUGUAACUUCGAGAUCCCAUGUAAUAACUGUUUGAAGGCAGGUGUCGAAUGUGUCCAAACUACUGAUGAUAUGCGUAAGAAGCGACCAGCUGCCAACUAUGUUUCAAACCUUGAAAAUAAAGUGGAGUCUUUGACUCGAUUCAUGAAAUUAUUUAAAAGCCUUGAUUCAAUAGAAAGUAAGACUGAUUUAAUCAAUAAAACAGAUCUUAAUGAAUUAAUGAAUAAAGAGUUUUUGGAAAAUAAAAGAGUAAGUUCAAGCACCUCGGUAUUAUCGCAUUCCUCGGGAGACCAUCAUGAUGAAGAUGAAGAUCGAGCGUUUUAUGGACCCACAUCUAUCUAUGAUGACAAUUUAAUGGCUGGAAAUUCCAAACUCCUGAAAAAGGAUAGAGAUUCCUCGGUAAUAAGUCGAAUGAAUAAGGAUCCAGAUAUUUUAGCAUGUCUCAAAUUGUUUUUCACUUGGCAAUACCCUGAUCACAAUAUGUUCAUUUUUAGAGAAGCAUUCCUUCUUGACUUUUUUAAUCCAAAACCCAACAGUUUGUAUUGCUCGAAGAUAUUAGUUCUUAGUAUCUGUGCCCUUGGUGCAAGAAUGUCAGACGAUGAAAAGAUAUAUGAUCGUUCCAUGCUGUUUUAUCAAGAAGCAAAAUCCUUGUUAUUGAGUCAGUUGAGUCAACCUUCAAUAACUUCUUUGCAAAGUUUUAUGUUGUUAGCAUUCUAUGAUAUUUGUAAUGGACUUAAUUCAAGUGGUUGGAUGUUGUCAGGUAAUGGGAUGAGAAUGGGAUUUGAUUUGGGUUUCCAAUUAAAUCCCCGAGUAUGGUUUCUUAAAUCAAAGGAAAGCUUAAGUUCAUUAGAUGUUGAAAUUAGAUCUAGAAUCUAUUGGGGAUGUUAUAUGGCUGAUCAUUUUAUAAGUUUAUUAUUGGGAAGACCAUCUGUCUUGAAAUUAUCUGAUUCAUCUAUUCCUGAAACAAAUGAUCUACCUGAUUUAGAAUGGAUUGAUGAUUUCACUUAUGAAGGAUACACCAAACAAAAGCUCAAAAUUCUUCAUCAACCACAACCGAAGGUCUCAUACAUUUCAGAUCCAUUGAACAAAAUAAUUAACUUGAUCAAUAUAUCUGACAAUAUGUUGAAUGAUAUCUUUACCAAAUCAGAUUCUGAAAAUGAUGAUUCGAACAAUGAUGAUUUAGAUUUUGUUUCUAGAUGGGAAAAGUUAACUGAAUAUAAUUAUCAAAUUAUGAAUUGGAAGAAUACCUUACCAGAUGAUUUACAAUGGAAUCGUGAGAAAUUGAAAUUGACCGGUGAGAAUCCCACCUAUUCUGGUAUAAGAUAUUACUACUAUAUAUUAUUGUUAUGUCUUAAUAGACCGUUUGUUGGUAUUGAAAGUGACAGAAUUCCACCACAAGACCAUUAUUUAUCCCCGUUGUCCAUUUGCUCCAAUGCCAUUGACGAUUUAUAUGAGUCCAUCAAGAAGUUUCAAACGUCUCAUGGAUAUAGGAGAGUUUCAAUUUUCAUUGUGUACUCUUCGAUUUUGUCGAUCUCAAUUAUCUUGUUAACGAACACUAGCGAACAAUUAGUGAAUGAGAAAAAGGACAGAUUGCAAUUCUUUAUGGCAGUUUUAUAUGGUUGUUCAAAGACUUGGAAGUUAGCUGAAAAGUCGUACAACUUAAUUAAAAUCAAAUUGAAGCAUAGGUACGAAACAGGUGAAUUACAAGAGAGUGAAAGCAUGACUCAAGCUAAGAAACGAGCAAGAGUGAAGCUUGAGAAACCUGUCAUUCCCAUGGCACUCAAAGCAAACCUUCUUAGUUCAAACCAUGCAGACUUGCCAAUUAUGCAAUCACCACAGCCAGCCAAAGUUUCAGUCGUUAGGUCCACAUAUACACCACUGAAUCCACCAUCCAGUUCGUCAGCGAACUUAAAUCCCUCUCCAGCUUCAAGUAUUGCUUCUGGUACUGCUUCUGUUGUAGAUACAAACGCUGAUUUAGUAUUUGAUGAGAAUAUAGAUUUCCUUGGUGGACCACCGGUUUUGAUGACUUCGGAUUUAUUUAAUGAGGAUUGGGAAGCUUUGUUCCCUGACUACAUCUUCAAUUCAAAACAUUGA